UCUUUCAAAGACUAUCGUUCCCCAAUCUGUUACUGAUGCAUUAGAACCUAUUAAACAUGAUGAUGCUGCUGUAAAAGAGUAUGGAAUAAAGUUGGCCGUCGAAAUGAUUAGGAAGAUGUAUGAUAAUGGAAUAAGUGGCUUCCAUUUUUAUACAAUGAAUUUAGAAAGGUCUACUAGAUUAAUCUUAGAAGCCUUACAAUUUGUCGCUCCUGUAGAAAAAGUUAAACCAUUACCCUGGUGUCCGUCUCUUUCAGCUAAACGUAAAAAGGAAAAUGUACGCCCCAUAUUUUGGAGAAACCGCAUUAAAAGUUACGUUACUCGUACUGAAGCUUGGGAUGAAUUCCCUAAUGGAAGGUGGGGGGAUGCGAGAUCUCCGGCCUUCGGUGAACUCGAUGGUUAUGGUGUAUCUCUUAAACAAACCAAAGAAAAUGUUCUUGAAUUAUGGGGAUAUCCUAAUUCAAUGAAUGAUAUUUAUAACAUAUUCGUGCGAUAUUGUCGUGGUGAGCUGGUUUAUCUACCUUGGUCCGACCAAUCCCUCGCGCAGGAAACUGAUAUAAUCAAGGAUCAAUUGGCCUAUAUCAAUUCAUUGGGUUAUUUAAGUAUUAAUUCACAGCCUGCCGUUAAUGGCGUCCGCAGUGAUCAUAAAGUUUUUGCUUGGGGUCCUAAAAAUGGUUAUGUAUAUCAAAAGGCUUACCUGGAAAUUUUUGUCUCUCCGACUCAACUUGAUUCUCUUAUCGCAAAAAUAAAGCGCGAC